UUUAUAGAAGUCAUUGUUUCAUCAAUUCAAUUGAAUUAUACGAACAAUAGGAGAGAGUGUGCUAUAACCUAUAAGCUGUAUAUACAACAUCCAGUACAUAAACUAGGUGAACAUGGAAUUAAAUAAAGGAUGACCAGUUAGAGGCACUUGGUGUCGCUCAUUAAUUGCUUCUUUGAAAAAUCGAACAUGAGAGAUUUGGGACAUGAGAACAUGCGGAGAAACGCGGUAUGAAGAAGAACUUGAAGGUCAAGUGAGCUAAAACAAUUGUAUACUGAUCGAGUAACGAGUAACGAUACUACAACACUUAUUAAAAGAUAUGGGGAAAGUAUCGUUUGGGUUUGUGGGGUUGAUGCUUGUAGUGUUAGUAAUUGGGGUUGUGGAGUGUAGGAGAUUUGAAAAGGAGACGUUAGGAGGUGGUGGUGGUGGACUUGGCGGUGGCUUUGGUGGUGGGAAAGGUUUUGGCGGAGGAAUUGGUGGCGGUGGAGGUGCCGGCGGAGGUUUUGGUGGUGGUAUAGGUGGAGGCCAUGGUGGCGGUUUAGGAGGUGGCAUUGGUGGAGGCCACGGUGGUGGUCUAGGAGGUGGUGCAGGAGGAGGUGCCGGUGGUGGUCUAGGAGGUGGUGCAGGAGGAGGCGCUGGUGGAGGACUCGGAGGAGGCCAUGGUGGAGGUAUUGGUGGUGGUGCUGGAGGAGGUUCUGGUGGCGGUCUAGGAGGAGGUGCGGGUGGAGGACUCGGAGGAGGCCAUGGUGGAGGUAUUGGUGGUGGUGCCGGAGGAGGUUCUGGUGGCGGUCUAGGAGGAGGUGCGGGUGGAGGACUCGGAGGAGGCCAUGGUGGAGGUAUUGGUGGUGGUGCCGGAGGAGGUUCUGGUGGCGGUCUAGGAGGAGGUGCGGGUGGAGGACUCGGAGGAGGCCAUGGUGGAGGUAUUGGUGGUGGUGCCGGAGGAGGUGCUGGUGGCGGUCUAGGAGGAGGUGCGGGUGGAGGACUCGGAGGAGGCCACGGUGGAGGUUUAGGAGGAGGUGCUGGUGGAGGACUCGGAGGAGGCCACGGUGGAGGUAUUGGUAGUGGUGCUGGAGGAGGACUCGGAGGAGGCCAUGGUGGAGGUAUUGGUGGUGGCACUGGAGGAGGUGCGGGUGGAGGAUUCGGAGGUGGUGCUGGUGGGGGUGGUGGUCUUGGAGGAGGACAUGGUGGAGGUUUUGGAGGGGGCGCGGGUGGUGGUUCUGGUGGGGGUUUAGGUGGUGGUGCUGGCGGAGGAGCCGGAGGAGGAUUCGGUGGAGGAGCUGGCGGUGGUGCAGGUGGAGGAUUCGGAGGUGGUGCUGGUGGAGGAGCUGGCGGAGGAUUUGGUGGAGGUUCUGGUGGAGGAUUUGGUGGGGGAGCUGGUGGAGGAUUUGGCGGUGGUGGUGGUGCCGGUGGUGGAGUUGGCGGUGGAUUUUAAUUGAAUAUAUUCAUACAGAAUCUAUUCCUUGCUUGAAUUCAUCGAGCUAGGGCUAGUAACUUGUGUACCAAGUCAUAUGAAAAAAAAGUAAAUCAUGUUUUCCUUAAUUUGUUCUUUAUUUUGUAUGAGCCAUACAAUUUUUAAAAAAGAAUCUAAUUCCAAUGAAAAAAGUUGGGGGUUAUUGGUUCA